AUGACCUGCUUCAUCCUCAUCCAGAACUGGGAAGGCAAGACACGCCUGGCCAAGUGGUACAUGCAGUUUGAUGACAAUGAGAAACAGAAGUUGAUUGAGGAAGUGCACAUGGUGUUCACCGCUCGAGAUGCCAAGCACACUAACUUUGUGGAGGUCUUAAACGAAUAUUUCCGAAAUGUCUGUGAGCUGGACCUCGUGUUCAGCUCAUACAAGGUUUACACAGUUGUGGAUGAGAUGUUCCUGGCUGGGGAAAUUGGCGAGACCAGUCAGACAAAGGGGCUGAAACAGCUGUCGAUACUGCAGUCCCUGGAGUGA